AUGGCGGUUGGAGAAGUGUUUCUCUCAGCAUUCAUUCAGGUUCUAUUCCAGCAGCUGGCCUCGGCAGCCACCAUGGCCCUGGCCCGCCGUGAAAAAGUCGAGAGCCAUUUCAAGAAGCUAAGCCAGAGCCUGUCCAUCAUCAAGGCAGUCCUAGAUGAUGCUGAGGAGAAGCAAUUCACCGAGAUAUCCGUGAAACUGUGGCUGGAGUCCCUCCGCGACUUAGCAUACGAUCUGGAUGACCUUCUGGAUGAGAUCGAGACCCAUGCCCUGGUCCAGGACUCGGAGGAACAGGCCCAAAACUGCAAACGAAGGAGCAGAGUCUGCAGAUUCAUCCCCACCUGCUCUAGCUACAUGCCAGGCGCCCUUGUCUCCAAUUACCGCCUCAUGUCCAGAAUAAAGGGAACCAAUAACUGCCUGCAGGACAUUGUGAAACAAAGAGUCGAACUAAAAUUGGUGGAGAACGUGGGCGGCUCAUGCAGCCGGUCAACCGGGAUUAGACCGCCGAGCACAUCCCUAGUGAACGAGUCCCACGUGUACGGACUGGAUGAGGAUAAGGAGAAUGUUAUUGACAUGUUGCUAGGCAAUGAGGUCUGCCACGACGAUGUUUCGGUGAUCCCGAUAGUCGGGUUUGGCGGAAUUGGCAAAACCACCCUUGCCCAGAUUGUGUACAACGACAUGACCGUGAAGGAUAGUUUCCAUGUGCGGGCCUGGGUGAGUGUGACCGAGAAGUUUGACCUGAUCUCCAUCACAAAAACUAUUUAUGAUUCGGUGACUGGAUCAAACAGCGAGUCCCAUGACCUGGACAAGCUCCAGGUGAGCCUCAAGGACGAGCUGGCCAAGAGCAGGUUUCUGAUCGUGCUAGACGACGUGUGGAACGAGGACUACGGGAUGUGGGAUAAACUGUACUGCCCGUUCCAGUUCGGGCUGCCCGGUAGCAGGAUCAUAGUUACGACCCGCAUUGCCAGUGUGGCCUCCAUGGUUGGAUCUCCGCGCACGGCCUACCACAUGAAGUUGUUGACCGACGAGAACUGCCUGUCCUUGCUGGCGCAGCACGCGCGGACGUCCUUCGACGAGGUUCUCGAGCUGAGGGAUGUCGGGCUUGGGCUGGCCAAGAAGUGCAAAGGGCUUCCUUUGGCCGCCAAGACUCUCGGCGGCCUUCUGCGCUCGAAGGAGACAAAGGAAGACUGGGAGAAGGUGCUGAGUAGCAAAAUAUGGGAUUUGCCCGAGCCGCAUAAUAUCCUCCCCGUCUUGAGGCUGAGUUACCAGCACCUCCCAUCUCAUUUGAAGCAUUUGUUCGCCUACUGCUCGAUUUUCCCCAAGGAUUAUAAGUUCGACCGGGAUGAGCUCGUGCUCCUGUGGAUGGGGGAGGGGUUUCUCGAGCAGCCGAACCCGACGGUACGCAAGGAGGAGCUCGGCCUCGAGUAUUUCAACGAGCUGCUGUCGAGGUCUUUUUUCCAGCGCCUAGGGAGAAGCGACUCGCGCUUUGUCAUGCACGACCUCAUAAACGAACUGGCCCAGUUUGUGGCGGGGGAGAGGUGCUACCGGCUAGACGAGAAGAUGGACACCAAUCAGGAGUACCACGUGCCUGAGAAGGCCCGCCACAGCUCCUUCCUGCGCCAUGAGCACGAGGUUCUCCAGAAAUUCCACACGUUCUAUCAGGUCCAGGGCUUGAGGACGUUUCUGCCUAUGCCUGUCGAUGACCGUCGCUUCUUGCGGCCCCAAUUCUACCUGUCUAACCGUAUUCUGGUGGAGUUGGUGCCAAAGCUCAACAGCCUGAGAGUGUUGUCCCUGAGCUGGUAUAGGAUCACCGAGCUUCCCAGCUCCAUCUGCAACUUGCUGCAUUUACGCUACCUCAACCUGUCCGGGACCUUGAUUGUCACGUUGCCCUACAAUUUGAGCGCUCUUUUCCAUCUGCAGACUUUGUCUUUACGUAACUGUCGCCGUCUAUGCAAGCUGCCGCGCACAUUGGGGAACCUCUCAAACUUACGGCAUCUGGACAACUCAAACACUGAUCAGCUGAAGGAUAUGCCAAUUGAGAUAGGUAACCUGAGGAAUCUCCAGACUCUGCCAAAAAUUGUUCUCAACAAAGACGGAGGCUGCUUGGGGCUGAAACAACUGCGGUACCUGAGGCAUCUGCGCGGAUCCCUGGCCAUUUUCCAGCUUCAGAAUGUGAUGGAUAUUGAGGACGUGAAGGAGGCUAACUUUAGAUGCAAGAAUGAUCUUGAUGAGUUACAGCUUUGGUGGGGAAGUGAGAUCGACAACUCCAACGACAAAAUUCCCGAGGAGGAUGUGAUCGACCAUCUUCUACCACACGAGAACCUAAAAAGCCUCAGGAUCGAGUUCUACAGGGGAUCUAACUUUCCGAGCUGGAUCGGUGAUCCCGCCUUUCAUAAAUUGUCGAGCAUAAGCAUCGUCAACUGCUCGGAGUGCUCGUCUCUGCCGCCUCUUGGGCAGCUUCCCGAGCUCAAGCACCUGCUGGUCAAAGGUAUGCCCAAAAUUAAACAGGUGGGGACUGAGUUCUACGGGACAGGCACCAUUGUAACCCCAUUCCCAAAGCUCAAGAAUCUUAAAUUCGACCAUAUGCCCGAGUGGCAAAAAUGGACCGGCCCCACUGGCAGCUCGUGCGGAAACAUUGAGUUCCCUAAUGUGCAACGCCUCUCGAUUACCAGUUGCGGGAAGGUGGCUGAAGUCUCUCCGCUGACCUUCCCUACUCUUCGCACUUUGAACGUCAAGGAAUGCAGCAUGGUCUUGCUGGAAAGGUUCUCUGGCCUGGAGUCCCUGAUCGACCUUGAGAUUGAGUCCAUUUUCGGCCUAUCUCAUCUGCCGGUUGAGGUCAUGCGGUCCCUGGUGGCACUCGAGGUCUUAGAGUGCCGCAGCUGUAACGAGCUGCUUUCGUUGUGGCCCGAAGGUGUCCCACUCGAUCAGAACCUGGCCCGCCUGUGGCGCCUCGUCAUCGCCAGCUGUUCGCAGCUGGUGUCGUUAGGACAGGGGGACCAUCAGCUACCACCGAACCUCGAAGUCCUUGAUUUACGUGAUACGAACCUGGACGCUCUCCCGAACAACCUGAGUGAAUUGGAGUCCCUAAGGGAGCUGAUUAUCAGUAAUUGCCAGAGGUUCGUGGCCUUCCCUGAAAACGGCAUUCCCAGGAUGCUCAAGUAUCUUGUGAUACAGAGUUGCAACUCUUUGGAGUCCCUCCCGGCCAACAUAUCCGGCCUCGAGUGGCUCAAAAUCAAGGAUUGCUCGUCACUCAGAACGUGGGCUGUGGCCCAUUUCCCAGCCACACUCAAGGAACUCUCGAUCGAUAACUGCAUGCAGCUUGAGGCCGUCUCCGACGGGAUGUUUCCCGAGUCCAGUACCAUGCUUCUAGAAUAUCUGUUCUUGUGGAAAUGGCUGAACUUCAGUAAUCUGCUCCAAAGACUGCACGGAUUCGCGCACCUGGUCAGGCUGAACCUCAUGGGCUGUGAUGGACUGGAGCACUUCCCAGAACACGGCCUGCCUUCAGGCCUUCGAGACCUCUCGAUCGUGGCCUGCCCGAGUCUCACGUUGUUGCCAGCCAAAAUCAGCACCAUGACAUCGCUCGUGUCACUCGAGCUGGAGGGGUGUCCGAGGCUCGAUAAUUUUCCAAGGUGCGAUCUGCCCCCGAACCUAACCUCGCUCACGAUAGUGGGUUGUGAGAAUAAUAAGCACCUCUCCAAGUGGGGCCUACACAGGCUAGCUUCCCUCCAAGAGUUCACCAUCUGCGAUGGAUUCGAUGAGCUCGAGCAACUCGGGGAGGACGACUGUCUCUUUCCUCCUUCUCUAAUAAGAUUCUCGAUUGCUGGAUUCCCCAAGCUCACUUCGCUUGGUAAGGUGCUUGAAAAUCUCACAUUGUUGAGGCACCUAUCGAUUGAGGACUGCCAGAAUCUAAACGUCUUGCCUAGCGAAGCCCUGCUCGAGAAGCUGUGUUACCUGGAGAUAACCUUUUGUCCGCUUCUCAGGCAACGAUGUGCAAAGGACAAGGGAGACUAUUGGCCAACGAUAGCAGGGAUUCCUGAAGUGGAUAUUAUUGCGAUUUAA